AUGACCCUGACUGAAAGGCUGCGUGAGAAGAUAUCUCAGGCCUUCUACAACCAUGGGCUGCUCUGUGCAUCCUACCCCAUCCCUAUCAUCCUCUUCACGGGGCUCUGCAUCUUAGCCUGCUGCUGCCCACUGCUGAAACUGCCCCUACCAGGGACAGGACCGGUGGAGUUCACCACUCCUGUGAAGGACUACUCGCCCCCACCUGUGGCCUCUGACCACAAACCAGGGGAGCCCAGUGAGCGGCCAGAGUGGUACGUGGGUGCCCCGGUGGCCUAUAUCCAGCAGAUAUUUGUGAAGUCUUCAGUGUCUCCCUGGCACAAGAACCUCCUGGCAGUAGAUGUGUUUCGUUCACCUCUGUCCCGGGCAUUCCAGCUGGUGGAAGAGAUCCGGAACCACGUGCUGAGAGACAGUUCCGGGACCAGGGGCCUGGAGGAGGUAUGCCUGCAGGUGACCGACCUACUGCCUGGCCUCAGGAAGCUCCGGAACUUACUUCCUGAGCAUGGGUGCCUGCUGCUAUCCCCUGGGAACUUUUGGCAGAAUGACCGGGAACGCUUCCAUGCUGAUCCUGACAUCAUCGGGACCAUCCACCAGCAUGAGCCCAAAACCCUACAGACCUCAGCCACGCUCAAAGACUUGCUGUUUGGUGUUCCUGGGAAGUACAGCGGGGUGAGCCUCUACACCAGGAAGAGGAUGGUCUCCUACACCAUUACCCUGGUCUUCCAGCGCUACCAUGCCAAGUUCCUGGGCAGCCUGCGGGCCCGUCUGAUGCUCCUGCACCCUAGCCCCAACUGCACCCUUCGGGCGGAGAGCCUGGUCCACGUGCACUUCAAGGAGGAGAUUGGCAUCGCGGAACUCAUCCCGCUUGUGACCACCUACAUCAUCUUGUUUGCUUACAUCUACUUCUCUACGCGCAAGAUCGACAUGGUCAAGUCCAAGUGGGGGCUGGCUCUCGCUGCCGUGGUCACAGUGCUCAGCUCGCUGCUCAUGUCUGUGGGGCUCUGCACACUCUUCGGCCUGACACCGACCCUCAACGGCGGAGAGAUUUUCCCCUACCUUGUGGUGGUUAUUGGGUUAGAGAACGUGUUGGUGCUCACCAAGUCCGUGGUCUCGACCCCAGUGGACCUCGAGGUGAAGCUGCGCAUUGCCCAAGGCCUAAGCAGCGAGAGCUGGUCCAUCAUGAAGAACAUGGCCACAGAGCUGGGCAUCAUCCUCAUUGGCUACUUCACCCUGGUGCCCGCCAUCCAGGAGUUCUGUCUCUUUGCUGUUGUGGGCCUGGUGUCAGACUUCUUCCUUCAGAUGCUGUUUUUCACCACUGUCCUGUCCAUUGACAUUCGCCGAAUGGAGCUAGCAGACCUGAACAAGCGGUUGCCCUCUGAGGCCUGCCUGCCCCCAGCAAAGCCAGUGGGGCGGCCGGCACGCUUUGAGCGUCAGCUGGCUGUGCGGCCGUCCACACCCCACACCAUCACACUGCAACCGUCGUCCUUCCGAAACCUGCGGCUCCCGAAGAGGCUGCGUGUCAUCUACUUCCUGGCCCGCACUCGCCUGGCACAGCGCCUUAUCAUGGCUGGCACGGUUGUCUGGAUCGGCAUCCUGGUGUACACGGACCCGGCAGGGCUGCGUACCUACCUUGCCGCGCAGGUGACAGAACAGAGCCCGCUGGGCGAGGGCGCCCUGACUCCCAUGCCCGUGCCUAGCGGCGUGCUGCCUGCCAGCCACCCGGACCCUGCCUUCUCCAUCUUCCCUGCUGAUGCCCCUAAGUUGUCCGAGAACCAGACGUUGCUGGGAGAGCCACCCGAGCCUGGGGGUCCAGCAGAGGGCGCCCAGGACAGCCCAGUGCCAGAGGUAACCUGGGGGCCUGAGGAUGAGGAACUUUGGAGGAAACUCUCCUUCCGCCACUGGCCUACGCUCUUCAGCUACUACAACAUCACCCUGGCCAAGAGGUACAUCAGCCUGCUGCCCGUCAUCCCGGUCACGCUGCGCCUCAACCCCAGGGAGGCCCUGGAGGGGCGGCACCCUCAGGACGGCCGCAGCGCUUGGCCCCCGCGGCGGCCCGGGCUGGGUGGGCCCUGGGAGGCCGGUCCCAGGGCGCCGGGGACGGCGCAGGCCCACGGCGACGUCACCCUGUACAAGCAAGAAUUCACGGGAAACUGGCAGCUGGGGCCCGCUGGCGCGGGCGCGGAGCUGCCCUGCGACGACCACGCUACCGCCACAGCUGGAGAGACGGAGAUCGCGGUGUUUGCCAGUGCUGGCACUCAUGGACAUCACCGUCUGGCCAGCGACGGCAUGCUGCUGGUGAGCUGCUGCUUACCAUGGGCUACCACGCCAGGUGGACGCGACUGGACUGCUCAUCGCCAAGAGAUCCUGCUGCCUGGGUGCAGGCAGCGCCGCGACAGUGGCGUUGGCAGCGCGUUCGAGGCUCAGGAGAGCUGGGAACGGCUGUCCGACAGCGGGAAGGGGGGCCCGGAGGAGCCGGGGGACAGCCCUCCUCUGCGGCACCGCCCCCGGGGCCCUCCACCGCCCGCCCUCUUCGGGGACCAGCCAGACCUCACCUGCCUGAUCGACACCAACUUUUCGGCGCAGCCUAGGCUCUUGGAACCCGCGCAGCCCGAACCCCGGCACCGGGCCGGCUGCAGCCGUGCUCGUGACGGCCCGGGCUAUGACUUCAGCCGCCUGGUGCAGCGCGUGUACCAGGAGGAUGGCUUGGCGCCGGGGCCCGCGCCAGCCCUGCGCCCGCCCUCCCCUGGGCCCGGGCCGCCCCUGACCCCUGAGGAGGACGGGGUCUGUCCUCCUGAGAAGGGCUCCCCGUCCCUGGCCUGGGCUCCCAGCGCAGACGGCUCCAUCUGGAGCUUGGAGCUGCAGGGCAGCCUUAUCGUGGUGGGGCGGAGCAGCGGCCGCCUGGAGGUGUGGGACGCCAUCGAGGGCACGCUGUGCUGCAGCAGUGAGGAGGUGUCCUCGGGUAUCACUGCCCUCGUCUUCCUAGACAAGAGGAUCGUGGCUGCCCGGCUCAACGGUUCCCUCGAUUUCUUCUCCUUGGAGACCGGCACUGCCCUCAGCCCCCUGCAGUUCCGAGGGUCCCCAGGGCGGAGCAGUUCCCCCGCAUCCCCUGUGUACAGCAGCAGUGACACGGUAACGUGUCGCCUGACCCACACCGUGCCCUGUGCACACCAGAAACCCAUCACGGCCCUGAAGGCGGCAGCUGGGCGCCUCGUGACUGGGAGUCAAGACCACACGCUGAGAGUGUUCCGUCUGGAGGACUCGUGUUGCCUCUUCACCCUGCAGGGCCACUCGGGGGCCAUCACAACUGUGUACAUUGAUCAGACCAUGGUGCUGGCCAGUGGAGGACAAGAUGGGGCCAUCUGCCUGUGGGAUGUACUGACUGGCAGCCGGGUCAGCCACAUGUUCGCUCACCGUGGGGAUGUCACCUCCCUCACCUGCACCACCUCCUGCGUCAUCAGUAGUGGUCUGGAUGACCUCAUCAGCAUCUGGGACCGUAGCACAGGCAUCAAGCUCUAUUCCAUUCAGCAGGACCUGGGCUGUGGAGCAAGCUUGGGUGUCAUCUCUGACAACUUGCUGGUGACUGGCGGCCAGGGCUGUGUCUCCUUUUGGGACCUAAACUACGGGGACCUGUUACAGACUGUCUACCUGGGGAAGAACAGUGAGGCCCAGCCCACCCGCCAGAUCCUGGUGCUGGACAAUGCCGCCAUCGUCUGCAACUUUGGCAGCGAGCUCAGUCUGGUAUAUGUACCCUCCGUGCUGGAGAAGCUGGACUGA